AUGGAAUGGUUCUGUGGACGGACAAUCACAUUCAUCGCAAAUGGCGAGAGAAUUGCGGCUACCUCCGACGACGACGGAGCGAACGGCAAAAGGCUCAAGAGCCUCGACAACGACGCAAGCCCAUUCCUUUUCUUUUUUCUCAAUUUCACUCAUCCAAUCGUGACGUGCCACAUGGCAAAAUGCUUAUUUAAGCACGGCCACGUUGAUCAUGCUAAUUGUGAGAUUGGUGAUCUCAAAGCCUACUCGGAAGAGGGAGAGCCUGCUUUAACCCGCAGCUGCUUCAGUGGUGUUUUCAUCGAGAGAAGAUCUCCCUUUGUGAAGGGUGGUGAGAGUGCCAUCUGCAAGAUUGAGGUCAGUGAACCUAUUUCCUUGGAGAGGUUAUGCGAUUGCCCCAGACUUGGAAGGGUUGUUCUUAGCUAUGCUGGCAAAACAAUUGCCUUGGGGACCGUUGUUCAGCUUGAUGGUGAGAUGCAUGUGGGUGACAUACCCUUCAACGAAUGA